UCUGCUCCGGAAGUGCUACCAAAGGCGGGCCUAGCGGUGAGUCCGGCGCAGUUCAGCGGCAUGGCGGUCUUGUUGGCUGUGAGCCGGUCGGGGGUUGCAUCUGCAGCUACCCGGAGUGUCCCGCUGGUCUCCUGCCGGAGGUGGGCCGGUGCUCCGGCAGACACCGUGUACGAUGUGGUGGUGUCGGGUGGAGGCCUAGUGGGCGCCGCCAUGGCCUGUGCCUUGGACCGAGUGACGGUUCUCUACAGGAGCAAAGCAGUCGGCUAUACGUGGCCUUAUCCGUUUUCCAUGGCAGACUCCAGCCCUUGGGUUCAUAUUACCCUAGGUGAUGGCAGCACCCUCCAGACCAAAUUGUUGAUUGGUGCAGAUGGUCACAACUCAGGAGUACGACAGGCUGCUGGGAUCCAGAAUGUUAGCUGGAACUACGACCAGUCCGCUGUUGUGGCUACUCUGCAUUUAUCGGAGGUAACAGAAAACAAUGUAGCUUGGCAGAGAUUUCUCCCCUCUGGGCCCAUUGCUCUGCUCCCGCUCUCGGACACCUUGAGUUCCUUGGUUUGGUCCACAUCCCAUGAACACGCAGCAGAGCUGGUCAGCAUGGAUGAGGAAAACUUCGUGGAUGCCAUUAACUCUGCCUUUUGGAGUGAUGCAAACCACACGGACUUCAUUGACUCGGCCAGCACCAUGCUGCACUACGCAGUCGCCUUUCUGAAGCCCACCAAGGCCUCGGCUCGCCAGCUGCCCCCAAGUGUAGCCAGGGUGGACGCCAAAAGCCGAGUGCUGUUUCCUCUCGGGUUGGGACAUGCUGCUGAGUACGUCCGGCCUCGGCUGGCGCUUAUCGGGGAUGCAGCCCACAGAGUCCAUCCCCUCGCAGGACAAGGGGUCAACAUGGGCUUUGGGGAUAUCGCCAGCUUGCUCCAUCACCUCAGUACUGCAGCUUUCAAUGGGAAAGACUUAGGCUCCAUAAGCCACCUCACAGGUUACGAAACAGACAGACAGCGUCACAACACCGCUCUUCUGGCUGCCACUGACCUACUGAAAAGGCUCUAUUCCACCAGUGCCACUCCGCUUGUGCUGCUCAGGACCUGGGGCUUGCAGGCCACAAAUGCAGUGUCUCCGCUCAAAGAACAGAUUAUGGCCUUUGCAAGCAAGUGAGUGCUUCUCUUCUGGAGAUUAUGUUGAUGAAAACGAACAUCCUUUCCCAAGACCACCACAUAUAUUUUCAUGAUUUAAUUUAAUAAAUUUACAUUACAUUAGAAUUCUCUAGUCUCUUUUCUUCCUUAUUUGGGCUUCACAGCCCCUUAACUAGAGUGAUAAUUUGCUGUGAGGAGGGCUUAUAAACCAAGCCAAGAAAAAACUCUAAAGUAAAACUAUUAUGAUUUUGUUAAAAAGAGUUUUUUAUUACUAAAACAAAUAUCACUAAGGUGCUGUCUCAUUCAUUUUCACUUGUUAACAAUCCUUUCUAAAGAGAAGAUUUAUAUAAUUUUUUAAAAUGCUGAUCAUAAAUUUACAUAAUUUUUUUGAUAAAGAAAUAUUUAAUUGAUGCAUUUUUAUUAAUUUUAAAACAGUAAUUUUAACAUUAGAAUGCAAAUUAAACAAAUUGUUUAACCUUUGUUAUAGGUGCACUGGACUUUCUGAAAAGAAAACCAAAUGUUAUUAAUGCUAGUUAUUACUUCCGUAUCACAGCACCAGGAUCUCCAUUUUGUUUAUGGCCUGUCUCUGGGACACCAAUGUCUAUUCAGUAAUAAAACAAUAAAUAAUUUCAUUGCACAGGUUUCUAGACUUCAGGAACCAGGUCAAAUGGGAAAAGCUGAUUAGCAGCAGAAUUUUUUCAUAUUUGGUUGCAGACUGGUGGCUGAUUGCAUGGGGAGUUGCUGUGGGUUUCUGAAGAGCUCAUCUCACAUCCCACAGAUGCCUCUUGAAGAGAUUUUUGGAUCCAUUAGAUUUGUAUACUAUAAAGAACAUACACCCAAAAAUCUUGAUUUGAAGAUGAAAUGAGAAGAAACAGUCUGCUUUUGAACCAAGCUAAGCUAUUCUUGGGAACAGCUUUUGAAGGAAUGAGAAAUGUUAUUACAGGGGAGCUUUUCAGGCAAAAUUCAUAAGAUACUACUAGAGUAAAAAAUGACAUCACAAAGGUUUCUGGAAUCUCAGGGAAAACGUGCCCAGAAGGAAAGAUGGCAACCACUGUGGAAAGCUGUGUGACUACUAGCAGAGUCUAGAAAGGUCACUGUAGGGAGAAAAGGUCAUCUUUCACAAAAAGUGGAAAGGGAGCCCAGGUGAGAAUAUGGGCUCUCCAAAACGAUGCAAAAAAAAUCAGACAAGAUAGGAAAUUAAGGCACACCUUGCAAGGACCUUGACAAUCCACGUAGGAUGUUCUUUGUAUGAUGAUGAUGAUGAUGAUAACACACAAUAUCCACUGUGUGCCAGGCCAUGUCCUUAAGUAUUUGAAAUAUAGAACACAUUUAUAGAAAAGAAACUUAACCAGCAAUAGUAGACUGGAUAGGAUUCCUUAAUAAGGCCCAAAAGGUACACUAAGGGGAAGAAAAGGUCAUUACAGACAAGUCAUUUUUUUCUAAGAAAUAAAAAUUCUCAUUCCAAAUUGCUCC